CUUAAAAUCCCUCAAAAACACUUUCUUCAUUUCACAUUUCCCCACGUUGUCAUCAAUGGCCGUUUCCGGGUUCGAAGGAUUCGAAAAGAGGCUGGAGCUCCACUUCUCCGGCGACGAUCCGGCCACCGCAAUGGCCGGCCUCCGCCUGCUCGAUUUCGAAUCCUUGGAGGCGGUUUUGCACGCCGUGCAAUGCACCGUCGUCGCCGCCGUGGGCAACCGGUUUUUCGAUUCCUAUGUUUUGUCGGAGUCUAGUUUGUUUGUGUACCCCAGCAAGAUCAUUAUCAAGACGUGUGGGACCACCCAGCUGCUGAAAUCCGUCCGUCCGAUGAUCCAGCUGGCCGGAAACAUCGGGCUGAGGUUGUCGGAGUGUAGAUAUACACGUGGCAACUUUAUUUUCCCCAAAGCUCAGCCUUUUCCCCAUUCGAGCUUCCAAGAAGAGGUUUUUUACUUGGAAGAGGAAUUGCCCGGAAAUCUCUGUUAUAGAAAAGCUUCGAUUAUGCCGUCGAAAAUUAGUUCUCAUUCUUGGCACGUGUUCUCCGCACGUGAUCACCCUCCCGCCAUCUUGAACGGCCAGGAUGAUGGUUUAUACACCGUUGAAAUUUGUAUGACGGAGCUCGACCCGGUUCUGGCCCGGAAGUUUUUUUCCGAACCGGACACGUUGGGGAAAGACAUGACGGACGCUACCGGGAUCCGUUACAUAAACCCUAACGCCGUCGCCGUUUGUGACUUCGCGUUCCACCCUUGCGGCUACUCCAUGAACGGCGUUGAUGGCGACCGUUACUCCACCAUCCACGUCACCCCCGAAGACGGCUUCAGCUACGCCAGCUACGAGUGUGUCGGCGGCUCCGGCAACGCCGCCGAUGACCUCCACCGGGUCCUCACCAAGGUGGUGCAAGUUUUCCGGCCGGGGAAGAUGUGCGUGGCGCUCACGUGCAACGGGAACAAUGCCGGCGCGUGGAAGAGAGUCGCCGCCAAAGCCGUCGAGGCGCUCGGGAUGAAAUGCCGGAGUUGCGCCGUGGAUGAGUUCCCGGCGACGGCCGGGACUGUCACGUUCCAAACUUUCACUCCUCGCCGGAAAUGAGUGGCCGACGGUGACAAAUUAUACUCUGGAUCGUGAUCUAUAUUAUAAUGUGGACUACUGAUAAACGUUCAUUUUUAAUAUACUGAAUGUUCAUUUUUUGUGUACUGAACGUUCAAUACACAUAAAAUUAAUCUGAAAAAAUGAACAUAUUAAAGUGAAUAUUCAGUAUAUUAAAAUCACGUUAUUUCAGUGGUUCAUCUUAUAAGAUAGAUCAUGAUUCGUAUGAUUCGUGAUAUAAUGAGUUGCGGAGCAAAACAAAGGGUGCAGUGGGGUUUUAGGGUAUUUUCUUUUCCUUUUUUAUUUCUUCUAUUAGAAUUAAAAACCCUUUUUUUCUUCAUUUUUUUGGGUUAAUUAGAGGGGAUUAAUUAAUGUUAUUAUACGUAGCAGUGGAAAUGCUAUGCAUGCAUGCAUGAUAAUGUGAUGAACAAUACAUAUAAAUGUGGGGAACAUCAUGAUAAUGCAUCCCACAUAGGUUUGUCACGCCUACGUACAAUUUUUGAGGUUGCCUAUAUUUUGUUGAUUAUUAUAUUUA